AAUAGCAGUAGUAAGGAAGAGUACUGAGAAUGGAUCCCGAUACCUUCACGGCGAGCUUGUUCAAGUGGGACCCGCGGGGGCUAGUGUCUCCGUCAUCGGUGGGAGUCCCGCAGUUGGUACCGUCGGCGGCGUACGCAGCGGCGGCAGUGAGGCCUGCGAGGGAGCUGGGUGGCUUAGAGGAGCUUUUCCAUGCGUACGGGAUCAGGUACUACACGGUGGCUAAGAUAGCGGAGCUAGGGUUCACAGUAAGGACUCUAGCCAACAUGAGGGACGAGGAGCUCGACGACAUGAUGAAUAGCCUCUCACAUAUCUUUCGGUGGGAACUACUUGUUGGAGAACGGUACGGCAUCAAAGCCGCUGUACGAGCAGAACGACGCCGUUUGGAAGAAGACUACGACUUAUCUCGCCGCCGCUCCGCUGACACCCCAACCAACGUCAUCGACUCUCUCUCCCAAGAAGGGCUGUCGGAGGAGCCAGUGCAGCAAGAGAAGGAGAUGGUGGGGAGUGGCGGAGGUGGGGGAAGGUGGGACCAGGCAGUGAUGACUGUUGAGAGGAGGAGCAAGAAGCAAAGACGGCGGAGCUCAAAGGGGGCCCAACGAAGAGUGAUGGCGGUGGAUAGCAACAUUCACGAAUUCGUCAACGACAUGAACGACGCUGCGGAGGACGAGGAUGAUGAUGACGACGACGACGACGAUGAGGACAAUGUCGUUUUUGGGAAGGUAAGCGGUCGAGGUAGUAGUAGCACGGAUCACAGGAUUAGCUGCGAGAGACAGCGGGAGCACCCCUUCAUUGUGACGGAGCCUGGGGAGGUUGCGCGUGGCAAGAAGAACGGUCUGGAUUACCUCUUCCAUCUCUACGAGCAGUGCCGUGAUUUCUUGAUCCAAGUCCAGAGCAUCGCCAAGGAGCGCGGUGACAAAUGCCCUACCAAGGUGACAAACGAGGUGUUUAGGUUUGCGAAGAAGGCUGGGGCGAGCCACAUUAACAAGCCGAAGAUGAGGCACUACGUGCACUGUUACGCGCUGCAUUGCCUAGAUGAGGAGGGGUCCAAUGCGCUGCGGCGGGCGUACAAGGAGAGGGGCGAGAACGUUGGGGCGUGGCGGCAGGCAUGCUACAAGCCCCUCGUCGCCAUCGCCGCUCGCCAGGCUGCCUGGGACAUCGACUCCAUCUUCAGCACCCAUCCGCGCCUCUCCAUUUGGUACGUCCCCACUAAGCUCCGUCAGCUCUGCCACGCGGAGCGCAAUGCAGCGGCCGCCACUGCCUCAACGCCUUCCGCGCCGUCUACGGCCACUGCGUGCUCCGCCUCAGCUGCUGCUCAUCUCCUUCCCUUCUAAUCAAUUGAUAUAUAUAUAUAUAUAUUCUGCUGUAAACUGUAAUUUAAGUUUAUUUUUCUAGUGUGUUUACGUGAUAUUUCAUGGAUGGUGUGUGACAUUUGACUUAAUUUUGAUCCAUACAUAUUUGACUUAA